AUGCCGGUGGCCGUGGGUCCCUACAGACAGUCCCAGCCAAGUUGCUUUGACCGCAUGAAGAUGGGCUUUGUGAUGGGUUGCCCCGUGGGCACGGCUGCCGGGGCGCUCUUUGGUGCCUUUUCCUGUCUCAGGAUUGGACUGCGGGGUCGGGAGCGGAUGGGUGGUAUCGGGAAAACCACGAUGCAGAGUGGCGGCACCUUUGGCACAUUCAUGGCUAUCGGGAUGGACAUCCGAUGCUAA